AUCCACUUGGUAAGAUGGACGGUUAUUUGCAAAGAUAAGAGGCAUGGAGGGUUGGGGUUAAGGCAUUUGAAGGACUUCAAUCAUGCUUUGCUUGGAAAAUGGUUUUGGAGAUUUUCUUUAGAAAGGGAGAGUUUUUGGAGGAAAGUCAUUGUUGGUAAAUUUGGAGAGGGGGAAGGGGGUUGGACCACUAGAGAGGUAAGGGAGUCUUAUGGGAUGGGCCUUUGGAAAGACAUUAGAAAGGGAUGGGAGGAGUUCUAUCUUAGAACUAGUAUUCGUAUUGGAAAUGGUAGACACACCAGAUUUUGGUGGGACUUUUGGGUAGGAGAUUCUAAGCUGAAGGAGCUCUUUCCUUUGCUGUUCAGAAUUGCAACCCAUAAUUCUGCUGUAGUGGCUGAUAUUUGGGGGAGACAAGGAGGUGGUGGCGGGGGAUAGGAGGUGCACUUUAGAAGACCCUUUCAAGAUUGGGAAUUGGAAUAGGUGAAUCGUUUUCUGGUUCACAUUUCUGCAGUAAAGGUCCAAGAAGGGGAGGAUUCUCUAGUUUGGAAGAUUGAGAGGAAAGGAAAGUUUAGUGUUAAAUCUUAUUAUAGGUCUUUAAAGGUGGAGAACAACCCCCUUAUUUCUAGCAAAGGAGGUUUGGGGUUCGUAUGCCCCUUUAAGAACUCGUUUUUUUGCUUGGGAAGCUGUUUGGGGUAAAAUUUCUAUUGUUGAUAUGUUAAUGAGGAGGGGUUGGUCUAUGGUUAAUAGAUGCAAUCUUUGUAAAGAGAAUGAGGAAUCGAAGGACCAUAUUCUAAUUCAUUGCGGUAAGACGAGAGCUUUGGACUUUGGUGCUUUCUUCUUUUGGGGUGGUGUGGGUGUUCCCGAACUCAGUGAGAAAUUUGCUUCUUGAAUGGAAAAUUAAGGGCCUAGGAAAGAAGAGGAGUGUAGUUUGGAAAAUGACGCCUAUUUGUUUGUUUUGGUGUAUUUGGGGAGAGCGAAAUUGAAGAAUGUUCCAAGAAGAAGAGAUGUCAGAUACGAGCUUGAAGAAUCUCUUCCUACGGUCUCUUCUUGAGUGGUCUCAACAGUUCAUGGACGUGGACUAUCUCUCUUUUCUGAAUUUGUUGGGUGUUUGGAUUGUUGGUUAACUUUGGCCUUUCUAGGUUUUUGUCCUCCUUUGUUGCCUUGGGUUUGACUUUCUUUGUAUACUGCCGGUGUACAUAGGGAGUGCCCCCUGUUUUGGUGUGUUUGUAUUUGAUUUCUUCUCUUUGUCUAUAAAUAAAUAAAAAAAAAGCUUCCUACCAUAAUACUUUUGCCCUUGGAUUUCUUCAAGAUCCCUAAAAUGUGAUAAUAAUCAUGCUUGCAAUGUUAACAACUUUUAAAUAGAAUAGCCUCUACCAUGAUCCCAUAGCAGAAGAAGAACUGAGGAAAGAGCCUCUCUUGGUGAAUUGCGUCAAAGGUUGUAUGUCAAAGAAAGAAGGAGGGCUAGGCAUUCAAAAUCUUUUAAUUUUGAACAAGGCUCUCUUAGGAAAGUGGUGUUGGAGGUUUGCAUCCAAAAGGGAGCCCUUGUGGAAGCAGGUGUUUCAUUCCUCAGUCAAAGCAAUGCUUCUAAGUUGGCACAGUCAUUUCAUUGGAAAGAAGAGAAAAAAGGCUAGGAAUGUUGCUCCUCUUUGUUUGUUUUGGACUACUUGGAAAGAGAGAAGCGGAAGAGCUUUUGAAAAUGUUGAGUUAUUAUAUUAAGAGUUUAAGUUCUCCUUUUUUGUAACUUUUUAGAUUGGACCAAAGGGGCCUUGGGGGUUUUGGUCCUUGCCCAUGAUUUAUUUUGUCAAUUGGUUAGGCCCUUAGUAAGGGGAGGCCAUCUUUUUGUUCUCUUUUCUUGUUUUUUUGCUUUGAAGUGCACUUGUAUACUCCGUGUGUACUUUGUGUGGCCUUUUUUUGCACGCACUUAAUUUAUUGCUCUUUUGCCUAUCAUAACAAAAAAAGAAAAAAAGAAAAAAAAAGGAAAUGGAGAAAAAAUGGUCCAUAGUUUUCCCAGUCAUCAGGGCAGAAGGCACAAUGCUCUGGGCUGGUGGCUUUAUUAGGCCUUGAACUCAUAGUAAGUUACUAUUAAUCUUCUUAUUAUUGACCGACUCUGUAAAGGCUUUAACCUUUGAUGGACCUUUAGAUUUUCAAAUAAUGCUGGCUUGAGGAAGGGAUGUUGUAUUCAACUUUGCAAGGGUUGCAAAAGAAAAUUUUACACGACAGAGGACCUGAAGUUUCCAAAAUCCGUAUCCCAUCUGGAUAUAGAGAGAUAAAAGUGUAGGGAAAGCAUGCGCAGAUACAGGUCAUUAAUUUCACCAGUAAGGUUUAAAAUUCAGGUUACAAGAGGGGGAAUUUUGAAAGUGGGUAUAGAUCUAAAUGUGUUACUGCCCAACUUCAGCUGUAAAUUUUUGGAAGAUGGAGAAAAAAAUUUUAAGCCUUAACUUCUAAUAUAAAUACUUAAAAGUUUAUUCAUUGACCUUGGUGAAUGGUAAUAAGCUCAUCAAGGCAUCACUGAUGACCUGCUUGUUUUUAAUAAAUCCUGUCAAACUAAUUAACUACAACUAGGAUUUUCCCUUGUAGUUUGUGGAUUACAAAAUAACUUGGUGGUUCUAUUUUUCUUUUUAGAGUUAUUUUUUUGUUUGUUUGUUUGUCUUUUUUUUUUUACCCCUUGUUUUGUGGUAUUUAUAGGGCUCUUUUUCUGCUGCUCCAUGAAAAGCUGCAUUUUUCACAUUUCCACAUCAAAGAAGGAGCUAUCUUGUUUAAGUCUUGUUGGGGAAUUCAUGAUUGGACAAACUUGCUUGAACUUACCUGAAUUUGAAGUAGGCUCAAAGGUUUCUAGAAAUUAGGUAUAUGAUAGUAUAGACUCAACUCACUACCCAAAACUAACCCUGUUGUCAAUUUUUGAUUCCUAUAUGUGAUGUUGCUUUCAUCAACAUGAUAUCAAAAGAUACCUAUAAAAGAAAAAGCAUGAUAUCAAAAGAUAAAUAGUUUAUCGUACAACUGUUCCUAUCUUAUAUAUUUUCUAACUCUAAUUUUUCUAAUAAAUAAACUUUGAUUGUAACCAUUAUCAUUGUAGUCCAACUUUAAUCCUGCAUUUUGAAUUAGGAACUUGGGAGCUUAGAAUGGUUGCAUUACUUCAUCGAGUGUUGUAAAAAUCAUCUGAGAGUCAUUUCUGUUACUGAUCUCAUAUCUGUUUGGACAGAAUGGACAGAAUGGUGGUAAUUCCUAAUCUGUCCUCGAAUUAAAAUUACAUUAACGCUUCUGCAAUCCCAUGAAGUGGUUUUUGGGUUAGACUUGGUUGUUCAGCAUUUGCUGAUCUAUCUUUUUCUUUCUAAAAAUGCUUUCUAAGCUAUUCAAUUUGGAACAGAGAUAUGAUCAGGAUAAUACAGAGAUUGAAUCACAGUAAUUUGAGUUAGGAAACUCUAUUAUUACAUAUUAAAAGUUUUUGUGUUAAAGUUAUGUUGAACAUCAUGCAUGAUGAUGUAAGUAAAAAUCUAAUUAAUUUGAUUUCUCCUCUCAAACAGAUUUUAGUUUUCUGCAAUGAUCUGCAGAUUAUUUAGUAUUUAGUUCUGAAAGAUUUCAGCCACCAAGUGAUAAUAGGUUGACACCUGUAACCUAGGUUUUGUUACUUUCUAACUGUAUAAUUGUACUGACUGUUUAUAGUGCACUAAUAAAGUUCUAAAGUUUUGUUUACCCAGGAAACAUGGCCACGUCUAUUCAUUAGUGGCCUAAAUAUGUUUGAUUAAGAGCCCUACACUUUAGUCCUUUGUCAGUUUGUCCUUUCCUCUUAUAUUCAAACCCAUUAGUUUUUUAUAUUUAAGAGACACCACUUCAGGAAAUGGGAUUCCCUCAUGGGCUGAAGAAUCCCCAAAUAUUCUAUACAAGGAAAGUGGGAUUAGUGUGUUGUUUUACUUUAUAUUAUAUUGUCCUGAUUAGGUGUCGACUUCAGAAGCAUUUGAUAGCCAGAAACAGGGAAUCCGCAGUUCAUGAUGAAAUCUGAUGGUGGUGACUAAUUGACCAGCUUGCUAGCACUUAUGCAUACCUUUCUUUAAAUUAUUUACUCUUUUACAUGAAUUUUGGUUGUAUCUGUACAAUAGUAUCUCCAUUUGGUAUUAUGGCCCUGUUUGUCUUUUGGCUACGAGGUGUAUUUUGGUUAACAAUAGGAAGCAUGGAUUUUCUUAUUAGUGACUCACAAGAUGUUUUGUGUUAUCUGUUUGAUAGUCCAAUGUGCCUAUCCAAGGUUUCAUUGAGUCAUAGUAGUGUUUAUUUAUUUUCUUUGAAGCUUGAACCACUUUGUCCUCGGCUUUUCCUGUAAUUUAUAAUUCUAAGAAAUGGGUUCUCAUCUGAUCACUAUGUAGUUCUAAGAAAUUCAAGUAAACUCUUCAGUUGAUUUACCUUUAUUACUUGACAGUCUAGCUCGUGUUGAUUUAUCAGAUAGCUGACUAUUAUCUUAUUUGAAAGAUUACUUCUUUUUCUAUCAACUUCUUGUGUGCCCAGUAUCACUGACUAUUCUGGAAACCUUAAAUUAUUCCAAUCAAUGGAGUCCUAUUGACUGCUAAGCAGUCUGAUGACAGUGGACCAAAUCUGGUCUUGUAUUCAUCAGAUUUGAUGGUCUUUUACAUUGUAAAUCAACUAAUCUAAACUAAGUAGCUUCAAGGCUCAUGGAGAUGACAUUAAAGCCGAAAACUAUUGUAUUCCCUCUAUGAUUGGUCAUAACAUAUUCAGUGGUCUCUGUUGAUCUUGUUAAUAAAAAUGAGACGUUGGCAUGUAUCUGGUUACAGAUUGGAUGAUAAUGAAUUAAAGAAAACUGCACUCACAUUGGAUAUUGAAUUUUUUUCUCAACUCUGGGAUCAAAUCUAGGGGAAAGAAUUUAACUAGUAGCAAGGAGAUAAAAGGUAUUUGACUGCGUUUCCUUUCUCUUGUUUGCUUGUUUGACAUAGGGAAGAUUUUAAUACAAUGGAGUUUUCUGUUGCCACCGUUUGCCCUUACUGUUAACAAGAAAAUGAGGUUAGGAUAGGAAUGUGAGAAAGUUUAAGUGGUAGACUUCAACUCUAUCCAAGUUCCACCAGUUUUAGGUAGAAUUCAAACAUGUAUUCUAGUUCCUCUAAUUCCUUUCCAUUUGCUAGUUCCAUCCAAACAAUCGAAUUUAGUUUAUUUAGUCAAAUUACUUUCUUCUCCUCAAAUCCCCUCAUUCCAACAAGGAUCCGGUGUUAUAGAAUGUGUCAAGAAAGGAAUUAAAAAAAUACAUAAAUAAGUUAAAUGAGAAAUAAUUCUCUGUCAGUUUCUUUCCUUAAUGGGAUUGUUGUGCUCCUUUAAAUUAUUGUUUAUUUCUUCUAAUUCCUUAGAGUCUUCCUUCUCAUAAUUUAUUCUUUCUUGUCAAUACAAGUGACUCAUGUGAAUUUGCAUAAAUAGGCGUUUGUGCCAGUUAUUUCUCGUCUUCUGUUUUUCUGCUAGCUCUAGGCGCUUGUCUCGUGCCAAUUAUUUCUCAUCUUCUGUUUUCCUGCUAGCUCUAACCAUGAAUGUGAGAGAGAUGAUGUCUGUUCUGAUCAUGUUUGUGCUUGUUUCUAUAAGCCAUGUUUCUGCACUUGAAGCCUGCCCUAACUGUGGCAGCAUGCAAGUUCCAUACCCUCUUAGCACCAAUGACAAUUGUGGGAACCCUAGGUACAGAGUUUACUGUAACAAUGGAAGCCUAGAUUUCUUGUCAGCUCAAAAUUUUUUCUAUCAGAUCCUCAGCAUUAACCCUAGUGCUUAUAAGUUCAUCAUACGUCCACCCCUCAUACAGAAAAACACAUGUUAUUCUUCUGAUCUUGAUGUAGGAGGUUUACUUCUUGAUGAGAACUCUCCCUUCAACAUAUCUACUCAUAACACUGUUAUGUUAUUUAACUGCUCUGAAACUAUUCUUUUGUCACCAUUGAAUUGUUCCUCAGUCAGCCCUUGUAGGCAGUUUGAGAAGGUGGAGGCUGAAGGUGGGUGUAUAGACACUCUGUGCUGCUCCUUCUUGAAAGAUUCAGCCAUGACGUCACAUAGAAUUCGGGUCAGAGUUGGUGGGUGCACUGCUUAUACUUCUGUGGUGGAUUUCAAUCCAGACUGGACUGUUGAGUCAUGGAACUAUGGCAUUGAGCUACAAUGGGUGCCCCCUAACUGAGUUCUGUUGUCUGGCCGGUGAUCAUUUAUGCGAAUGUCAUGGUACAUUGAGAUGCUUGUCGUUUUCCAGUAAUGCUAGGGUAUCUGGGUAAUUCAGUUGUCAUUCCUUUUCCAAUAAAGUUGAGGCCCUUCUUCAGCCGGUGAUCAUGAGAAUGAAAAUGAUUGAUCAUGGUAUCUUACCAUAAUGGCACUGGUGAGUUGGAGCUGAAGACCAUUUCAUCUUUUGCAGUUUGUUAUGUCAUCUAUGUAUGACAUGCUCAUGUUCUCCUUUACUUGUUUUCACUUGUGUUGUAUUUGUUUUGUUCUUGCUUUGAUAUGAAGUGAAUAAAUAUGAGUCUUAUGCUUCAUGUGAUGCUCUUCUCUAUUGGAGAGAUUUUUGAGAACCCUUUUUGUAUUAGAUGUCAAGUUAUAUACUCUUUGUGAGGAGGAGGAAAGGAGUUGGUUAUCUAGUCUUGUAUUUCAUGUUA